UAUGGCUGUGAAACAAAUACAAAAGAGCGUGUGCCAAUAAUGGCAUCCAGAUCUAAGGUUGUCGGGACUCCAGCGCGACCCAGGCCACGACUAAGAACAAGUGUCAACAUUGGAGGCGAGGCGAGCGGGGUAAAAGGAUUAGCAAGGCGGCACAGUAUGGCGGCCCUGACAGCGAGCACAGCGGGGUAUGGCGAGGACACGGACUUGGAUCAGCUGGUGCCGGACCUGCCGCGGGGGCCCCUUGACCAGUACAGGGCCCGCGCGACCUUCAGCUGGAAAGAGAUGAAGGCGUUCCUCGACCCUCCGGAAGUCAUUGCACAUAAGAACCGCCUGUACCAGCUGAUGGAGAGCGACCCAGACUUCCACCGGCCAGAAGGGACCCUGAGCCUGGAGGAGGAGCGGAACGUGACCUUCAAACGCAUCAGGAAGAUCCUCACCUCAAGGUUCAACAACGACGAGGACAUGUACCUGGACUAUAGGAAGGCCCCCGCCACGAGUGCAGUGAUGGGUGAGUACGACUGGUCCAUGUCCGCCAGACUGGGCCUGCUCACCUCCUUCAUGGCCGCAGGGAUCAUCGGACAGGGCACCGAGAGGCACUUCAAGUAUGUGGAGGCACUGCGGAACAAUGAGAUAGGCGGGUGCUUCUGCCUGACGGAGAUCUCCCACGGGUCCAACGUUCGGGGCAUGAGGACGGAGGCGCGCUACGACCCCGCCUCCCAGAGCUUCAUCAUGCACACCCCAGACUUUGAGGCCGCCAAGUGCUGGGCCGGGAACCUGGCCAAGACGGCCACGCACGGCCUUGUCUUUGCCCAGCUGUACACCCCCGACGGCCACUGCCACGGCCUGCACUGCUUCAUCGUGGCCCUGCGCGACCCCCACACCCUCAUGACCUACCCCGGGGUCACCAUCGCGGACAUGGGGGACAAAAUCGGCCUGAACGGUAUUGAUAAUGGAGUCAUGAUGUUUGACCACUACUCGGUGCCGCGGGAAAACCUGCUCAACCGCACCGGCGACGUGACCCCCGAUGGCAUCUACAAGACCCCCUACAAGGACCCCAGCAAGAGAUUCGGCGCCUCGCUGGGGAAUCUCUCCAUGGGGCGCGUCGGCAUCAUUGGCUUUGCCGCUGUGUACCUCAAGAAAAGUCUGGCCAUUGCCGUGCGCUACUCAGCCGUCAGGAAGCAGUUCGGACCCGCAGACAAGGAGCUGGCGGUGAUCGAGUACCCGCUGCAGCAAUGGCGCCUCUUCCCAUACAUAGCGACAGCCUUUGCCCUCGACACCUUCACCAAGACCUUCAACAAGAACUUCCAUGAUUUCCGCAUGGAGUCUAUGAGCGGCGACAACAAGGACCGUCUGGCACUGUUCGGGCAGGAGGUUCACGGCCUCUCCUCAGCGGGCAAGCCACUCUCCGGCUGGCUGGCACGAGACUGCAUCCAGGAGUGCCGGGAGGCUUGUGGGGGGCACGGCUACCUCAAAUGCAGCGGGUUCAGCUACAUGCGCGACGACAAUGAUGCCAACUGUACCUACGAGGGGGACAACAACAUCCUCCUGCAGCAGACGAGUAACUGGCUGCUGGGGGUGUGGGCGGCCCGAGGAGGGGACGCCGCAGCCACUCUCUUCCCCAUGCAUACGAUUGACUACAUGCAAAACGCCGACCACAUCCUGUCUCUCGCCUGGACCGCCUCGCCGAUAAAUGACGGCACUAGGAAUGAGGAGCUGGUGGGUGUGUGCCGCCAGGCCUUGCAGUGGCUGGUGUGUUGGUUGUGCCGCAGGACGAGUGCCGAGCUCAGCGCCCAGCUCGCCGCCGGCCUGGACCAGUUCACGGUGCGCAACAACACACAGGUCCACCUCGCCCACACGCUGUCCCUGGCCUACGUCAAGCAAGUGGUGUUGAUGUGGUUUGAGGAGCACAUUCAGGCCGCACCGAACAGCCUGCAGCCCGUCCUGUACCGCCUGUGUGCGCUGUACGGCCUCACACAGCUGGAGAGACACAUGACGCCGCUCACGGAAGGCGGCCUGGUGGUGGACGGCGGCUUCAUCACGGCGGUGCAGCAACACGUGCGGCGGCUGUGCGGGGAGCUGCUGCCGGAUGCCGUGGCGCUGGUGGACUCCUUCGCCCCGCCGGACUUCUUCCUCCGCUCCGUGCUGGGGAACGCGGACGGCAAGGUGUACCAGCACAUGAAGGCCGCCAUGUUCACUGCUCCGGGGGCCAUGAGUCGCUCGCAGGACUGGCGGGAGAUGGCCUACCCCAUAACCUCCAAGCUGUAAUCUCGCACAACACAACACAACACCCAAGGACCAAGGACGCACAGUGACCAGUAAAGGUUUUGUUUCUUCUUCUGCUUCUUCUCUUUUCUUUUUUUCUUCUUUUGUUCUUGUUCUUGGAUUUGCCUUCAUCUUCUUCUUGUUCUUCUUGUGUUCUUAUUUUUCUUCUACUCCUCUUCCUUCUUCUUCUUCUUCUUUUUCUUCUUCUCCUUUCCUCAGCAAUUCUGAAGUCUUAUCUUUCAAGUAUUGGCCAUCUUAACCCUUUCAUUGCGCGUGGUGCGGGACGCGAUGAUCCCCCCGGCGCACUCGGACAGCCCAACGGUGGAGUCUUUUAACCGCUAUAUCUCAAAAAAUGUUCAUCACAGCUAAAAACAAAAACACCAUUGGAAAGAGGAGGCCCAGACCUAUAAGAUUCAGUUUUGUAUGCUGUUAUAUUAUUUCAUAGUGCUGUGUAGAGUCUUGUUGCACUGUUGAGCUUUUUCCUGCUAUCAGAUCUCAAAAAAAUACAUUUUGUGAUAAGAAUCAAUGCAUAGCGAUGUAAAGACGAAGGAAAAAAUAAUAAAACUGCAUACUUUUACAAUGAAUCACGCAUGAAAAAUUAUGCAGUGGCGAAUUACACUGUGGCAAAUUACACGGUGGUGACAUUGUACCCAAGGCCACUUCAGCGACUCGACCACUGUUUGCACGCUAGAUCUCAAAGCAUCACGGCUGUUGUUCCAAAACACAAUUAUAAAAGAGGAAGAGCAGAUAAUUACAAAUAUAUUUAUUGUACUCAAUAUUUCAUCAGAUGGUACACAGCCUCUUCCUGGCUCACUCUCCUCCCCCAGUGUGGUCUGGUCUCCCGCCCUUCUGCACAUUGCUUCUCCAUUAUUUCCACUCAAUUUGUUCUUAUUUUUCAUUCAGUUUGACUAAAAUAAUGUGCCCUUAUUUUCUAUUUUUUCAUGCAGGUAUUUACACUAUAUACAUUACAUACGCACAUUUCUUUAGUACUUCUUCAAGGUGAGAUAUUCCUGGAAACACGUUCCGAGCCACAGCGGGACUUUACAUUGCGGGCACCAGUAUGACGUCUUCUUCUUCUGCCUCUCCCUACGUGUCGUUGAGGAACACACUCCGCAGUACUUGGACUCUGAUUUCCUCUUAGCUACUGCUCUUUCCAUUUCCAUUCUCUCAGAAUAGUGUUUUGAAAGCGCUUCAGCAUGUAGCAGCCUCUCAGGUGGGUCGACCAGGGCAGCAUAGGUACUUACCUUGCUCUUGGGGAACUGCGGCAUACCUUUCCAGUAGCUGAUGUACCAAAUCAUGUGUGAAUUCCUUCAUUGCUGGAUGAGCAAAGUUCUUCAGCAAGUAGCAGUUAUAGCUGUUCAGAAUUGCCAUGUCCAUGAUGUGGAAGAAUAGCUUUUUAUACCAAGUACAACUUUUCCUCAGUUUCCAUGUUGGCCAUCAUCAUGUCUGCCUUGUCAACAAGACACGUGAUGUUAAAUAUUCUAGGUUCAUGUCUGGUUUCUUGAUAGCUUCAUGUGUUUUAUGGUCUUUCUUUCCACUGUUUACCAGUUUUCCUUUACACAGAGUUGACAGCAUAUCCACUGAACGCUGAUUGCAAGGAUGUUGUUUGCCUCUUUUCUCUGAACUGUUCCUCUUGGCUGCUUCUCUUCAAAUUUUGGCAUACCUUUUCUAUUGGGCAUAACUGUUCCACAAGAUCCAGUGUUCUUGGAGUGCAGGUACAUGGAUAAAUGGGGCUUGUGUACCAGCAAUCAGUAUACAAAAUGUGACCCUUGUUGAGGCACUUUUGCAUCAACUGCAAAACAAUUGCUGCUGACUUUUCCUAAUGGGUCACCUUUCUUGACAGCAGGAAUGUCCAAGGAAGCGCCAGUAUAGACUAUGAAGUCCAGAAUCGCUCCAGAGUCACAGUCGCAGAGGAAGAAUAAUUUUAUUCCAGACCUGUGUCUCUUUGUUUUGAUGUACUGCUUGAAGGCUAAGCGGCCUCUGAACAGGAUAAGGGAUUCGUCAAUGACAAGGUUUUGUUGAGGGGAAAAUAGGGUGGAAAACUUACUCCUGAAAUGAUCAACUAUUGACCUUAUUUUCAUCAGGCUGUCCUUUGUGUCACUUGCAACUCUUUUGUCAUAGAAGUGCAGCAUUCUGAGUAAAAUAAAGAACCUAUCUCUGGACAUAUAUUUGCCAAAAGCUGCAACACGGGUGAGUGAGUCUUUCUUCCAGUAAUCAACAACGUCUUUUAGUGCUACCUGAGGCAUGAAGAUAAUUAGAGCAAAGAAGACAAACAUUUCUCGUUUGUCUGUAUCCUUCCAUCUUUACAACCUUGAGCCAGGAGACAUGCCAUGAUUUUCCACGUAAUAUUUGUACUGCAAGUUUGUCUGUGUCACUAUGAAAUCCAUUAGCUUAUCAUCAAAGAAAAGAAGAAAGUAGUCCAAAUAUGUACUGUCUUCUGUAAUUUUGCCAGCAUCAGAUGGACCUGCAGAUGUGGAGUCAAACAUAUACUGGACAGGAACAAAAUUUACACUAUCUUUCCAGUCACAUGUCCUUUUUGGGGGAGGCGGUGGCUGAACGGAUAGCGAGACGGCCCCGCAUUCAGGAGGACGCGAGUUCAAUCCCCGACCGGUGCCACCAAGCUGGGAUUUUUCAGCCACCACUGAGUGGCUUAAAACUACCCACAUGCUGUGCAGAAGACCACCUAUCAACCCGGACUCUAGAUUCUAGGAUUAAAGAUGAGCUCAGGGAGGGCAGCAUGAGCCAAUGCAAGAUGGCGCCACUAUAAACACUCGCCUGCGCCAGAACGGGUUGGGCCGACCAUCAGGCCCCACCGGGAAGAAGCCUACCGGCACAAUAGGCCAAAACGUUAAAAAAAAUAUAUAUAGGUGUUGCUGGCAUAUCAACAAUGGGUUCACCAUGUCCUGACAAUGGUGGCACCUCACUACGUGUUUUCUUGCGUGAGAAGGCGCGUUCUGCAGCCGUGAGGUGUGAAGUCGAGGGAAGAGAAGCAGUGGACAAAGGAUGUCAUGAGUCAGAACGCUGGGAUGGCCCAGGCUGUGGUUCAAGGUCACGCGCUUUGUCCCCCGCCCGUUCACGCUUGGCCACCACGCCACACUCACUUUCUACGUCUGACAAAAUCAGAUCUUCCAUCAGAGGAUCGACACCAGAUAUAUCACUGUCAGGGUCAUCUUCAUCUCUUGUGCAACUGCUACUCUUGAUGUCAAGAUACUGUGAUACUUGUUGCAGUGUACGAAGUUUCUUUUGAGUUUGAAGACUUUUGAGGAAGGUGCACGCCUUUAGCUAGCACCCUUCACUUCUGGGUGUCUCUUAGGUCCGGCGCCUACCACACGUUUCACUUCUUCACUGUCACUACUUUCUUCAGGCUCAUGUUUCACAUAUACAAUUUCAGCCAAGUCAGCAGGGAGUUUGGUUUUCACGUGACUUGUUGCUAAUGCGUGGUUCACGAGGGGCUGAAAUAACCUUUUCCUAGGAAUCAGUCGCAUUUUCGUCUGUUUCACUGCACUCGCUCUCACUCAAAGGUUCAUACAUCCAAGCGGGCAAGCAACGCCUCUCCUCCAAACAAACAGGCACGUUUAUGGGGGUUGUCUGUGAGCACUUCAUGUCUGUCUGUACACUGCGGCCAGCCAUUUGGAGGGAACUGAGAGUCCUUUUCUUGAUGUAGUGCUGGAAUUACCAACUGCAAAAUUUACAACCAUUUGUUAAAAAAUCAAUCGGGUAAUAGACGAAGCUGUGCAAUAAUCUCGCUAUAUUGGACAAGAGCAUCCGCCAGUUACUCGUCCGUAAAUUUGUCGCGCAAAGCUGAUGUGAUUUUCCACCAAAUUUAGUGGAAAACCCACUUGAGUCAGCAAUCCUGUGUGGUGAGAAGAGGCUCAUAAAAUAUUAUAGGAACACACUCAUAUGCGGGAAAUUCAAGUGCGGUUGGAGGUCGCAGCAAGCGUUUAGCACCAUCAGCAAAUGACGCUAUGCUUGCUGCGAGCGUUUAGCAAUGAAAGGGUUAAAAGUGACAGUUUUCCUUGUGGCUUCCCUGUUCUGAGGCCAGGGAAAGCAAGAAUACCCACUGUCUAGUAGAGGUUUUAUUUGCACAAUUAUAUACAGUCAAUUCUUAACUCAUGUCUUUCGGGUUUUUUUCCCAUUCUAAGUGACAGUGUUUCCUUGUGACUUCUCUGUUCUAAGGCCGAGGAACACAAGGAAAUCCAUUGUCUAGUAGAGGCUUUAUUUGCACAAUUAUUUCUCGGCAAUUCUUAACUCACAUCUUUCAAGCAUUUUCCAUCUUAAGUGACAGUUUUCCCAGUGGCUUCUCUGUUCUAAGGCCAAGGAACAAGGAUACCCAUUGAUACUAGUAGAGGCUUUAUUUGCACAAUUAUAAUCAGGCAAUUUUCAACUCACAUCCUUCAAUUGUUUUUCUAUCUUAAGGGACAGUUUCCCUAGUGACUUCUCUGCUCUAAGGCCAAGGAAAGCAAGAAUACCCAUUGUCUAGUAGAGGCUUUAUUUGCACAAUAAUAAUCAGGCAAUUUUCAGCUCACUUCCUUCAAUUGUUUUUCUAUCUUAAGUGACAGUUUCCCUUGUGGCUUCUCUGCUCUAAGGCCAAGGAACAAGGAUACCCAUUGAUACUAGUAGAGGUUUUAUUUGCACAAUUAUAUGCAGCCAAUUGUUAACUCACUUCCUUCAGUUGUUUUUCUAUCUUAAGUGACAGUUUCCCUUGUGGCUUCUCUGCUCUAAGGCCAGGGAACAAGGAUACCCAUUGAUACUAGUAGAUGUUUUAUUUGCACAAUUAUAAUCAGGCAAUUUUCAACUCAUAUCCUUCAGUUUUUCUUCCGUUCUAAGUGUGGAGGCAUCUAUGAGCACCAUCCAAGGCCUGUGUCUGUGUUAUCUCGUGCCCCAAAAUUGUAUUCCCACUUCCCCGAGGCCUUGGGUGGGAAAUAGCUUGAUGUGGGAGGUAGAGAACAAAGAAUUAUAUAUUUUUAUGGAGAUUAUUAUUGCUGUGUUAUAUAGGAUAGUAGUAGUAGUAAUAGUAUAUUGAGUCUAUCUAACCCUGUUUUGGUGUAUGAUAUCCAGGUAUUGUAUUUUCUUGCAUUUCUGUGGCCUGAGUAUUUAAAGGUUGUAUUGGUUUUCGUUGACACAAGUGGCUGAUGUUCAUCUACUCUGGUUCAUUUUUCAAGGCGUGGUGAGGUAGUUUUGCUGUUUUUUUAUAUCGCUUUAUACAACGUGAAAACCUGACUUCUGACUACGUAGAUUUAUAUUUUUAAACAUAUCAGGCUCCCAUUACGACUAAUUUCCAAGGUAGUUUUGCUGGGUUUUUUAUAUCACUUUAUACAACUCCCUGAAAACCUGACUUCUGAUUACGUGGGUUCUUAUUUUAAAACGUAUCGGGUUCCCAUUACGACUAUUUUCCAAGGCCACAGAAAAGAUUAAGCAGGUUUUCGUGGAUGGUUUUUCAGUUCAGGUGCAGAGGUUGUGUAAAACUAUCACCAGCAUCACAAAACAGUCCAUGGAGGAAAUCCCAGGAACUUCUACGAGAGGCUUUUUAACCCGGUAGCUGCGGGGACUAUGUUUCUUAAAGGUCCCUCUAAGCGAGAAAAAUGAGAAAAAUCAUCACUCACGGAAACCAUUUCAUAAUAUGUAUCAACGUAUUUGUUAUCAGUUUAUGCAUCAUCUAUUUUGGGGGGUCUUUAUCAUGGCACAAAUUUGGCCCAUCGCUGCUACCGGGUUAAACAGGCACAUCAGGCUCCCAUUUUGACUAUUUCCCAAGGCCACGGAGAAGGUUAACCAGGUUUUCAUGGGUGAUACUCCGGUUCAGGGCACAUAGGUCAUGUAAAACUAUCACCACCAUCACAAAACAGUCCAUGGAAAUCCCAGGAACUUUUUAAACAGGCACAUCAGGCUCCCAUUACGACUAUUUCCCAAGGCCACAAAGAAGGUUAACCAGGUUUUCAUGGGUGAUACUCUAGUUCAGGGCACAUAGGUCAUGUAAAACUAUCACCACCAUCACAAAACGGCCCAUGAUAAGCCCAGGAACUUCUACUAUGAGAGGCUUUUUAAUCUUGUGAACUGAGAACCCGAAACAAUUAGGUCGGUAUUAUAAGACACUGUCGCUUCUCACAUCAGCUGUUUCUAAAGGUCAAAGAGGGGGUCUGUCAGGUUCUAGUGAGUGUUUCUUCAGGUUCACGGUUCAGAAGAAGGGUCAAUCUACCACCAGGGUCCUAAAACUACACCUGGAAAUGCCCACUACUCCUACGAAAGCCUUGUCAAAUAUGUGUUCUUGGGCGCCGAAAUGUCUUACAAUGCGGCCCUAAGUUUAGAGAUAGCGGCUUAUGUCCCAAACAUGGAAUUACGGAAGCCAUACCAGCUGCGAACUGUCAAUAAAUACCAAUACGACCUUUAAAGAGUCUAGCGUAUGUUGUGUGCAUGUCAUCUGAGGGAUACUGUGAAUGCUAGACCCUCACCACCAGCCAGGAAACUGUCUGGUGGUGGUCAAGAAGAUCGGUGUUGACUUGCACUAUAAAGCUGUUUGGGUGGAUUCUUGUCUGCUGGUGAGUGACCUUUUGGCAUCUUGGGAGAGCAGUGCCGUGUAAAAGCGUGAUAACUGGUGCCAGGAGUGAGGGAUGAGGGCCAGUAGUUAGUGAGUGCCGUGUAAAAGCUUGAUAACUGGUGCCAGGAGUGAGGGAUGAGGGCCAGUAGUUAGUGAGUGCCAUGUAAAAGCUUGAUAACUGGUGCCAGGAGUGAGGGAUGAGGGCCAGUAGUCAGUGAGUGCCGUGUAAGGUCUGUUCACUCUCUAUUCACCAUUUCACUCAGAGAAAAUGUUUUGGCAUCUUAGGAGAGCAAUUCCAUUUAAAAGUUUGAGAGUAU